AUGCAGCGUCUCGACCAAUGUAAGCAGCUGACAUAUGCACGGCUGGAUCUUAUCACUGGAACAGAAUCCCACGUCCAAGGUGUAAUGGCCUUCUCAGAAGUUCUCGAGGAGAUAUGUCAAGGAACUCCUACAGUGGAGAAGCUGUUGGUUUGUGAAGAUUUUGAUGCUACUGUGUCAAAGAAAGAUGUGAUUGUAAAGAUGUAA